UACUUGUAUCAUUUGAAAAAAAAAAUAAUCAUUAUAAAAAAUGUGUCUGAUUACAAAGUCUGGACCACAGUAUUGCUCAAUCUAAAUGAAAAUUGAUAUUAUUUAUUUAUUUAUUUUUUUGAUGGGAGUGUCAGGUGUCACGCGUGGUCAAACCUUUGAUCCAAGAUGAUGAUAAUAAUAAUUAUAACAUGCUGAUACUUGUUGCUUACUUGUUAAAAAACAACUUACUCACAAUUCACAAACAUUUUUCAUUACAUCAAUGUGCAAACAAGACACCAUCAUAUCUAAAAAAUCAACAAAAUAAAUAGUAAAUAUUACAAAGUAAACAACACAUAUACCUAUACCUAUACCUAUAUUAUUUUUGAAAGUAAUAAUAAUCAAUAAAUAAAUAAACAGCUGGAAGGAUACAUGUCCUGUCAAUAGAUACACAUAUUGACCAAGUCAUUUGACAGGUUAUUUUUUUUCGUGUAAUUCAUCAAGAGUAUCUAUAAAUAUUAACAAAAAGAAAAAAAGAAAAUUAAAAAAUGACACCAGAAGCAUUAACAGGCAAAGUAUUCAUCUUAAUAACUGGAGCAAGUCAAGGAAUUGGUCGUCAAAUUGCAAUAACAUUAUCUGAAAUUGUUGAUAAAAACUCACAAAUACUUUUAAUUGCUAGAAAUGAAAAUGGACUAAAAGAAACACGAGAUAAAUUAUCAAAAAAUAUUAAUGUUAAUUAUGCAAGUGUUGAUUUGGGUGUUGCAACUGAUGAACAGCUAACAGAAAUAAUAAGUAAUGUAACUGAUGUUGAUAAAUUCGAUCGUGCUAUUUUGAUACAAAAUGCUGGAUCAGUUGGUGAUGUUACAAAAAAUACAGCUCAAAUGAAUGACAUGGAUUAUUGGAAAAAUUAUUUUGCUCUUAAUGUAUUUUCAACAGCAAUAUUAAAUUCAGUAUUUAUGAAAUUAUUCAAUGACAAUGUUAAAGCUAAAAAAUACAUUAUUAAUAUAAGCUCAUUGAUGGGAAUAAAACCAUUUAAAUCAAUGGGUUAUUAUGGAUCUGGUAAAGCUGCUCGAGAAAUGUAUUUCAAGGUAUUUGCUGAAGAAUUUCCACAAGUAAAUGUGUUAAAUUAUUCACCUGGACCAGUUGAAACUGAAAUGCUAGUAACUGUUGCAACAAAAGCUGGUGAUGAUGAAGUGCGAAAUACAAUAAAUGAUACAAGAAUUCAAAAAAAAUCAUUGACACCUGAACAAACAGUUAAUCGUCUUGUUAAUAUACUACGUGAUCAAAAAUAUAAAUCUGGUGAUCAUGUUGAUUACUUUGAUGAGUUUUUAAAAUUUUAAAACACAUAAUACUUGAAAAAAUAUAUAUUUUAUUGAAAAGUUAUAUUUUUUAAAAAUAUUGCACAUAUUAUAAUCACAAUUAUAAAAAUAUUAAAAUGUUUUUUUCUUUUGUUGUUAAGACACACUGUGUUCAUCACUUCCAAGUGGAAUAAAUAUUGUCAAAGAUUUAUUAAUACUUUUUUCAAUAUAACAUAUAAUUAUAAUGAUAAAUAAUAAUAUUGUUGAUGAUAAUAAAUAAACUGGUGAUGGAUAAAAUGGUGGUAAAUAUUUAGCAUAAAUAAGUGUAUAAAUUGGUCCACAAAUAAGUGGUAAAAUAGCUUCAACAGAUGUUGCUAAUGAAAAUACUUUUCCAACAUCUUCUGGUGGUACAGAUUUGGAUAAUACUGAUCUUAUUGUUGGUGAUAAUACACCACCAAAUGAACCAGCAAAUAGUACAGUAUACAUAUGCCAAGGUUUUAAUGUAAAUGCUGUUAUCAUUGAUGCUGUAAAUGAUGACACUGCAGCAAUCAUAGCUAAAGCUGUAUCAGAAAAUCCUUUAAAAAGAAAAAAUACAAACUUUAAAUAUAUAUUUCAAUGAUAAGCCAUACGUUGAUUUAAAUAAAUUAUUUACCAAAUGUUCUACCAAAUAAUCUAACUCCAAUAAUUGUACCAAUAAUACUUAUUGCAAUAGAUAAGCCCUUGAAUCUUGAAUACUCAAUUGUAUUCCAUCCUAAUCUAGCACUUGUAAAAAGAUAUCCAACACUUAUAUCACCAUUUAAAAUGACAAUUAAUAAAGCCAAUGUUAUAAUACAACCC